AUGUGUGCCCGUGGAGCGGCCGUCAAAACAAAAGCGGCCCUGGCGCGGCCGAUGAGUGAUCAGUGUCGCCGAUUAGUUUCUUUUGUGCGCCGCGCACAAGGCCCUCAGAUAUUCGUGUCACCAACAAAUUGUCAGCCGAUGCGUUGGGGACAAAGAAGCCCCGGACAAGGUAUUGGAACGCGGGCGAUGGCACGCCUCGGACACGCGGGCGGAAUCCCGUCUGCAGAUUUAAUCGGC